UUCUAGUUUGUUUAUUUGUUUAUUUGUUCAUUUUCAUUUUAUCUAUCUUUAGCCUCUGCACCAAAGCUUGUAGGCAAUAGCGGUGGCGCUUGAGAUAGGCGUCGGCAAUUUUGAGUGCUAGGAAUAUCAGAUUCCGGCGGUGUUUUAACUUUUAAUUUGACUCUUAUUUAUACUUUGAAGAUUUUUUUCAGCCGGAAAAGGAAGCAAUCGGUCGUCGCCGUUUCCUUAUUUUAUUUUUGCUGUUAAACAAAUUACGUUAAGAAGAGAAGCAAAAAAAGGAAAAAGAAAAUAUCCAAGGAGAAAAAAAUUAUUAAAUCCUUCCAAAAGGGAAGUAAAUUGAACGGAUGGAAACUAUUACAAAGCAAUCACCUCAAGGUUGCAAUAAUAUUUGUCCAACGCCACCUCCAUUACCAGGCCCAGCUAUGAACUGUCGGCGGAAGGGAUCGGCAACAAAAGGAAACAGCUGUGCGUCAACAGCCACGAGAGAUUUGUGGGAUAACCUCUUUGAUAGGGGCUAUAGGGCCGAUGUUACAAUUAGAACUAAUGAUGGUGGAAUCAUCUAUGCACAUGCCGGUGUUCUUGGCAUGGCUUCUCCCGUCUUAAGAGGCAUGCUGAAACAAGCAAAGGGUGUUGGCCAUAAGAGAUUGAUUUCAAUCCACGGUGUUCAGCAUGACGCAGUUCGGGUUUUCAUCCGGUUCUUGUACUCUUCCUGUUAUGAGCAAGAAGAAAUGAAGGAACUUGUCCUGCCAUUGUUGGUAUUGUCACAUGCAUUUGUUGUUCCUCAGUUGAAGCGAAUUUGUGAACAGCAACUCGAGAACAGCUUGCUUACGCUAGACAAUGUCGUCGAUGUCUUCCAGCUCUCUUUACUUUGUGACGCACCUCGGCUCGUGCUGCUUACUCACCGUAUGAUCCUAAGGAACAUCAAGGCUGUUUCCGCAACCGAAGGAUGGAUUGCCAUGAAGAGGAGCCAUCCAGCACUGGAAAAGGAAAUUUUGGAAUCCAUGAUCUAUGAAGAACAAAUGGAGAAGGAGAGAAUCAGAAAAUUGAACGAGCGGAAGAUUUACCUUCAAUUAUACGAAGCAAUGGAGGCCCUUGUUCACAUAUGCAGAGAAGGAUGCAGGACAAUUGGUCCAUGCGAUAAGGAUUUAAAAGACGACCAAAAACCUUGCACUUACGAGGCCUGCAAAGGGAUCGAAUUGCUUGUUCGCCAUUUCGCCGGUUGCAAGUUGAGAGUCCCCGGCGGCUGCAUCCAUUGCAAAAGAAUGUGGCAGCUCCUCGAGUUACACUCCCGUCUCUGUGCGGAUUCAGGUUCAUGCAGAGUUCCUUUGUGCAGGAAUUUCAAGGAUAAAAUCAAGAAACAAUUCAAGAAGGAUGAGAUGAAAUGGAAAGCACUAGCUAAAAAAAUCUUGAGCACAAAGAGAAUUGGAGGUGAACCGUAUUUUCUGUCCUCCAAGUCCAUCUCUUCAUAUUAAAAUAAAGUUAUAGAUCUAUUUAAGGGUCACGUAUAGAUCGGCUCCAAACUAAGUUUUUUUUAAGUUUGGAUUCGUUCAACUUGAACUAUUAUAUGUAAUACUUAAAUAUGAAAAUAAAAACAUGUAUUAAUUACGAAAAUAUGUAUUAAAUAAAAAGUUAUAUAAAUAUUAAUGUUUAAAAAGUA